AUGGCCCCCGCAGUAUUUGUUCACCUAACCAUUCUGACUGCGAUCGUAACCGCUAUAAUCACCGCUAUCCCAACAGCCGCUAUUCGUCUCCCCGUCACUCGACCGGCAAAUCGCAGCCCGUAUUCGAGCCGUGACGUACACAUUCAGGAUGACGAUGACGAUGACGAUGACGAUGACAGCGACGGAGCAGAGCACCCGAGUCAGGAAUCUCCUCUGCCGGAAGCCGAAGAGAGCGAGAUUGACAGUGUGGAUGAGGAGGAUGACCCAGGGGACUCGGAGCAGUUGGACGGCGCUGCGCCGAUUAACCGCACCAACGCCGACCCCGGACACGCGGACGACGAGUCAGAGGACGGGGGAAAGCGGAAAUUCCCCAUCGCCUCCGACCUGGCGGAGCAGCUGCGCCUGCCCGAGUCGUGCAUCCUGCGCCGCUCCCUAUCCCGCACCGACCACACCGCCGCCAUUGUCACUCUGCUGCUCCUCCCGCGCUAUCAGCCCACCUUCCCCAGAAGCUUCCUGGCGCAGGUCGACUCACGGAUGAGGCGGCACGAGAUACACCUGGAUGCCAGGCUGUACGGGGAGUACUCGCUUGUGGCCCUCACUCAGCUGCUGCCGCCCCUUGCGCCUCCCUCCCUGCCCACGCCGUCGCCACCGCCCGUUCCGGCCCCACCAGCCCCAGGCAACAGCGGCAGCAGCAGCGGUGGCGGUGGUGGUGGUGGCUACACCACCAGCAAUGCCAGUGCAGAGCCAGAGGUGCUGAUCAAGGGCAAGGGGUCAAGCAGCGACCUGCAGCACCCAAUCCAUCCUGCACAUUCGGAUGAGGAUGGGGAUGCCUAUGCAAAUUGCUGUCUCGCGUCAAGCACAGCUGGAUUCACGGCAGGGGCAGCAGGGGCGUACAGUAAGAUGGGUGCACGCGAUGACGGAGCGGACACAAGGGCAGAGCCUGGAGACGAGUGUGUGCGUGCUGCUGUAUCCGCGGCUGCACUGCCCGCUGCAGGGCUGGGUUGCGGGCGGGGCAGCGAGGGCAACAGCGAUGGGGGAGUUGCAGGGGGCAGCGGAAAGGGAGGAUUGGGUGGGCUGUCCGGGGUGAGGGAGUUCUCCCUCCAAGAAAUGGCUCUCGCCACCAACAACUUCCACGAGUCGUCAGUCCUGGGCGAGGGCGGCUUCGGGCGAGUCUACCGCGGCAACAUACCCCCCCAACCGCACUCCACCUCCUCCUCCCCCCCUGCUGCUCCUAUCGAAGUGGCAAUAAAGAGGAUGGACCGGGGCGGGCGGCAGGGCGACAGGGAGUUCCUAGUGGAGGUGGAAGUUCUGUCACGCUUGCACCACCGCCACUUAGUUAAGCUUCUCGGCUACUGUGUAGCACCGGGCGAGCACAUGCUGUGCUACGAGCUGCUGCCGAACGGCAGUCUGCACUCGUGGCUGCACGGGCCGCACUCCCACCACGCCUUCCUCGACUGGCCCGCGCGGGUCAGCAUAGCAGUGGGCGCGGCGAGGGGGCUGGCGUAUCUACACGAGGGGUCGCAGCCAGCGGUGAUUCACCGCGACUUAAAGCCGUCCAACAUCCUGCUGGAUGCGCGCAUGAGCCCCAAGCUCGCUGACUUUGGGCUCGCCAAGGCGGCGCCGCAGGGGGCGGAUGAGCACGUGUCCACCCGCGUCAUGGGCACCUUUGGGUACGUGGCGCCGGAGUACGCAAUGACGGGGCAUCUGAUGGUGCCCAGCGACGUGUACAGCUUCGGGGUGGUGCUGCUGGAGCUGCUGUCGGGCCGCAAGGCCGUUGACACCUCGAGGCCACUCGGCCAGGAAAGCCUCGUGCUCUGGGCGCGUCCACUGCUCUCAAAGCCCUCCCGCUACGGCCACCUGCUGGACCCGCGCCUGCUCGCCUGCCCUUCACCGCCCCCUCCUGCUGCGCUGCACACUGUCGCCACACUCGCCAAUGCCUGCGUCCACAGCGACCCCGCCGCCCGCCCCUCCAUGAGCACUGUCGUCGAGCUGCUGCGCCGCGCACAACAGACAAGCAACGCCGACCAGAAGCAACCGUCCUUUGCGUCUCUGCUGUCACUGGAUACACUGUGCAUGGCAUCGCCUUGUGUGCAAGAGCAGGGCGGCUCCCUCAUGCCACCUGAUUCCAACCCCGAUUCCUCCUUGGGACCCCACAGCCCCAGGUCACUCGCAGCAGGAGCAGCAGAGACAGCAGACGAGAUCAAUCUGCUGCCAGCAGUCGGCGCAGCAAUGGGAAUGGCAACCCCUCUGUUGCCAGAAGUAGGAGCAGCCGAAGCAGCAGAAAUAGCGGAACCAGAGCGUGUCUCCUCCCGCCUGCUGGGUCUCAGCUUCCGCCUCGAGCUCACUGUGACUUGGGGAGGAGACAGCACAGAGACACAGGAACAAUGCUGGAUGGAGCAGUGA